UAGCAUUCCACCCUCCUUGUCGACGAGAGCGCCAUUUUAGUGGAUGUGUUUUACACUAUAGUUGAGAUCGAAGAUGUUUCUUGGUUAAAGUUAAGGCGGGAAAUGGAAUUGGUAAACACAGAAAAUACAGAAAAACAACAGGCAGUAUUAUGUGAACAGAAAGCUGACAAAACUAACGUCCCGUGGCCACAAAGUGAAGCAAUCACAGUGAAGGCACACGAUGUUGUUGAUCUGCCCGACGAGACGCCAAACCUUGCUUGGAACCCAGUUCCUGUCACCAGAGUCGAUGACGAGCCUGUAGGUGAUGACGGACCUUCUAGUAGAAAGAUUGCGCGAAAUAUUGAGAGUGUAAACCCAGAAACUAACGAAGUACAACCAGAAGUAUUAAAUGAACUCGAUACUGAGAAAGCUAACAUUCCUUGGCCUGAAAAUGCCAUUUCAAUGGAGAGGGGUUUCGGUGACAAUUCGGCAAACACUGCGAAAACAGAACGUGUUAUUGAUCUUCCAAUCGAACCCUCCAAUUUAGGUUGGAGUUCAGUUGGAGAAGUGAAUAAUCAUCAAAACGUUAAAUGUUUUCGUGAGGAUGAAACUAGCCCUUCUUCAGCUGGGAAGGUUACGAUUGUUUGGGCAGAUGAUGCUGCAGAAAUCGACAGAAUUGUAAAGGAAUAUAUGGAAAAAACAAAUUCCAGGUUUACCUCCUGGAAAACAACAAAGGGGUUUCUCAGAGAAAUAACUGACAUAAAGAAAUAUAAGAUAACUUUUGAAGACGCUAAAGUGAAAAGCCGACCUGAGCAGCAAAUCACCUAUGAUGGAAUCCCAUACAUCAUAGCAGGGCAAAAAAUAUAUGAAUGUGAAUUUGGUGUGGACAGAAAUAUCACUACUAAGAAGAGACUUCUUGAUUUAAAAGCUGUUGAGAUGCUGCGAAAACUUUCAGGGGUUGAGGAGCAAAAGUCUGACAUCGACUUAAAGGUUGUAAAGAGAAGGGCACCUCGCUUUUGUAAAAAGUUUGGCUGUCCAGCAAAAAUAGUUCUUAGAGAUGUUGUCUUUUUUCCUGAGUACAAGUCGAAAGGGAACACAGAAAAGUAUAAACGUAAAAUGACAAAAGCCUUACACCAAGACUGGAAUGAAAACAAAAAUAUUAUGAUGAGGAGGAGGGUUAUAAUUCCACUGCCUUCAGUGGACCACCAUCAGUUCCAUCCAACAUCACAUAAUGAAAAAGCGAAAAGACAGAGAAAACGCAAAAAGAGCAGCAAAGCUGUCAAGAAUGAGGAGGGGGCAAAUAGUGAUGCUGAAGUUGGGGAAGAUGAUGUUGUCACAAAUGGACAAGGCCAAUGUGCUAGCAGUGGUGGUGAGCAGGUUGCAAUACCAGCCACAGGGUACUAUACAAGAAAUAUACCAAUUUGGUCCAGGUGCAUGGUCAGCAUUGUGAGAAAACUGAACAAUUUUCAUCAACCUGGGUCAUCUAAAGAUCUAUGUAGACCAUUUAUGGUUAAAAAUGUCCAAUGUGGAAUGAUUCCAUUAGCUGUUCUGGAUGUCUUGCAAAAUCAUCAAGAUAUAUUUCAUUUUGUUAAAGAUGAAAAAAAUGACAACAUUAAGUUUGUCACAUUGAGUGGAAAGCUAAAAACAGCGGAUCAAAGAACCAAUGCAGUCAACACUUUAGUCAGAGAGUUUCGUGAAAAAAAUAUGUUUACCACUUUAAAUGGCUGGCGAGAUGAGCUAUAUGCAGUUUGUUCAUCAUAUGGAAGUGAAUUGUUUUUUGAACUGGAAAGAUCUGCAGCUUGUCUGUUUGGCAUUCAUCAAUAUGGUGUACAUCUUAAUGGCUAUGUAAGGAAUGCACAAAAUGAAAUUUACAUGUGGAUCGGCAAAAGAAGCGAUACGAAGCCUACUUGGCCUGGCAAACUUGAUAACACAGUCGGUGGAGGCCUUGCUUCUGGGAUGACAGUCCAGUCUGCUUUGGUAAAGGAAUGCUUGGAAGAAGCUGCUAUCCCUGAAGAACUAGUAAGACAGGCAAGACCAGCUGGAACAGUAAGUUAUACCUAUGAAGACGACAGAGGUAUCUUCCCAGAGACUCAGUUCGUGUUUGAUUUAGAAAUGCCAGAGUCAUUUCAACCUGUUAAUAUUGAUGGAGAAGUUCAAGCGUUUUAUCUUCUAACCAUGGAAGAGGUCAAAGCCCUGAUUGCCACUGAUGAGUUUAAACCAAACUGUUCCCUUGUGAUUCUUGAUUUUCUUAUCCGCCAUGGGUUUAUUAGCCCUGAUGAAGAACCAUUUUAUACUGAACUGGUCAGAGGAAUUCACAGUUAACUUCUGACUGCAAGAAGUCGCUUUAAAGACAGUAAUAUACGAGUUAAUAGGUUUUUAUACAGAAAACUAAUGUGAGCAAUUUGCAAAUAUGUAUAUAGGAAAUAAUUACAGAAUAUUGUUAAACUAUUUCGAGCUAACAUGAUCGUAGCAA